AUGUAUAGUACUGCGUUUAGCUCUCUAGAACUACUUCCUAAGGGUAGUAUAUUCCUUCUGUUAAUCCCUUAUAUAGCAAGAGUUAUUAUUAAAACAAAUCUAAAGAUACCUAUAAAAGAGGAAGCUAGCAAGGAAAGUAGUAAUAAGAAUACUAAUAUAGAGGAAAAAGUAGUAAGAGAAGAAGAAGAAGAAAAAGAAGAGGAAGAAAAGGAAGAAGAAGAAAAUAUAGAAGUUAUUACAGUUAAGGAAGAGGCUAAGGCUAAAGUAGCUAUAGAAGUAGCUAUAGUUAAGAAAGAAGUAGCUAUAGAAGUUAUUAUAGAAGUAGCUAUAGUAAAGAAAGAAGUAGCUGCAGAAGUAGCUAUAGAAGUAGCUAUAGUAGAGGAAGAAGUAGCUAUAGAAGUAGCUACAGAAGUAGCUACUAUUAAGAAAGAAAAGGAAGAGAAGGAAGAAGUUAUAGAGGUUACUACUAAGGUUAUAGAAGUUACUACUAAGGUUACUGUAGUUAAGGCAGAGAUACCUACUAGGAAGCGCAAAACUAAGGCUAGCUAG